AGCGCCGUGCAGCUCGACGUAGCAGUUCAGUGCGCGUACAAGUCUCGUGGGUAGCGGAUGCCAGCAAAGAUUUGGCAAAACUCGUUCGCUUUGAGCAUUUGAGGAACGUUUUGAGGAGCGACACGAGCUUAGCAGAUUCUUAAAUUUCACACCGUAGAUAAAACUACCAAAUACACACGUUUCUUGUGGUUGAGUGACACAAAAGAGACACUUCAAAAUGGCAGCCGUCAACGCAUCGAAAACGGAUUAUUGGAACUUUCUGUUCAUCGAGCUGGCAGAUCCCCGCACCAAUGACUGGUUCCUGAUCAAGUCCCCCCUGCCGCUGCUUGCCAUCCUCGGCCUGUACCUGUUCUUCGUGCUGGGAUGGGGACCGCGGUUCAUGCGCGACCGGAAGCCCUUCAAGCUGGAGCGUACCCUUCUGGUGUACAACUUCUUCCAGGUGGCGCUCAGCGUGUGGAUGGUGUACGAGGGUGUAGUCAUCUGGCAGACAUACAGCUGGCGGUGCCAACCCGUCGACUGGUCACGCACGCCCAAAGCUUACAGGGAGGCGCGCGUGGUCUAUGUCUACUAUCUGGCCAAGAUCACCGAGCUGCUGGACACGAUCUUCUUUGUGCUGCGCAAGAACGAUCGCCAGGUGACCUUCCUGCACGUCUACCACCACACUGUGAUGCCAAUGAUCAGCUGGGGCACCAGCAAAUACUAUCCCGGCGGACACGGCACCUUCAUCGGCAUGAUCAACUCGUUCGUGCACAUCAUCAUGUAUUCGUACUACUUCCUCUCCGCCUUCGGUCCCCAGAUGCAGAAGUAUCUGUGGUGGAAGAAGUACAUCACCAACCUGCAAAUGAUCCAGUUCUGCUGCGCCUUCAUCCAUCAGACCCAGCUGUUGUACACGGACUGCGGCUAUCCCCGUUGGUCUGUCUGCUUCACCCUGCCCAAUGCCGUCUUCUUCUACUUCCUGUUCAACGAUUUCUACCAGAAGUCCUACAAGAAGAAGCAGGCAGCUGCCAAGGCCAAGGCUCUGUCGGCGGAGAACAAUAACGAGAGCUGUGCCAAGGAUCUGAAUAAGGUGGCAGCGAAGGAUCUAGAGCUGGAGCUGAAGCAGAAGGCCUUGUAGGGUCGAGGCCAUUGACACCCAGAGCCUAGAGCCCAGAGCCCGCACCCUUCCCCCUUUCAAUACUCAUACAAAGCGGGGCACACACUGAGAGCUGAGAUUCCAUGUUCUAUGUGCAACUUUGUUGACUAAUUUCUUAAGUAAUCCGCCGCCAAAAACACGUAAAACAAGAAAACGAGACACCAUACACUCGUCUGCUCUGUCUGGCUAUUGGAACAAAUGAGGUUUCCAAUAUACAGAUAGAUAGAUAGAUAGAUAGAUACACAUAAUAUGUAAAUGUUCAAACAGUUAAAAUUGCUUUUUGCAGCCGUCGCCAUCAUCGCUCGCCUCGUUUGAUGUCCGCUCAGGCGGACACCAAAUGAAAGAAGUGCUUGUAUGUCUUUCGGUCGAAACUGAACUAAACUACAAGUAAGUUAGGUAAACCACACAGAAGAUGAUGAGGUAGUAGAAGAAGAAGUGUUAGUUGUGUAAAUAAAUUUAGGUACGCAUAUGAAUAUGUUUUCUUAAGGUGUUUAUGUACUCGUACGCAUCGGUAUGUAAAGUAGUUGUAAACGAAGAGAAAAAGAUAUUUACGUAUAGCUAAAACAAACAAAAUCU